AUGCUGACCGCUGCUGUAUCAGCUGGCAAAGGGACAAUUGAUGAUGGAUACGAGAUUGCAGAGGUUGCCAAAUACCUGAACUUCAUCAAUGUGAUGACUUAUGACUUCCAUGGAACUUGGGAAAGAUUCACAGGACACAACAGCCCCCUGUACCAAGGCUCAAAUGAUGAGGGAGACCUGAUCUACUUUAAUACAGACUUCGCUAUGCGCUAUUGGAGGGACAACGGCACCCCUGUGGAGAAACUCAGAAUGGGUUUCGCAACAUACGGUCGCACUUUCCGUCUGACAUCUGCAGAUACUAGCGUUGGAGCCCCAGCUAGUGGACCUGCUUCAGCUGGAACCUACACUCGCGAGGCUGGAUUCUGGUCUUACUAUGAGAUCUGUGGAUUCCUAGAGGGAACAACACUCCAGUGGAUUGAGGACCAGAAGGUGCCCUAUGCCACAAAGAAUGGCGAAUGGGUUGGAUUUGACACCAAGAAGAGCUUUGAAACUAAGGUCCGUUAUCUGAAAGACAAGAACUUUGGUGGAGCCUUCGUCUGGGCGCUUGAUCUGGAUGACUUUGCUGGACAGUUCUGUAAUCAGGGGAACCAUCCUCUCAUGGGCCAUCUGCACAAUCUUCUGGAUAU